UGAGCGCUCUCGAGCGUGCCGCGUAGGGCCAUCGUGUGCUUGGGCAAGUGUAUUCGAUAUCGACGCGCCCCUCGACCCUAGACCACAACAUGGUGAAGUCUGGGCUGGGCCUCUUCGCAGGCCGUCGAAAGUCGUCGUUAGGAAAUGCCAUGGAGGAGGGGGAGCCAGUCUACACACCCGAUGCUGCGCCUGGCGCCGACCCUGGCUCGGGCGGUUUCCGCCUGAUGAGCAAGACUGAAGUUGAACGGAAGAAGAGAGAGGAGGAGAGGAGAAAAGCCCAGGAAAAAGCAGCUUCUAAAUUUCGCCCCUUUAGCGGCUUUGGGAAUGCUGCUCACAAGGGACGGAACCAGUCUUUCGACGACGAGUCUCCUUCCUCUUCCAAGCGGGACAGCAAAUCCAGCAACGGCACCGCGUCCUUCUCCUCGUCGCGGCCUUACAACAACGGUCAAUUCGGGUCGACGUCCACCCUGCCGUCUUCUGCUGAUACAGACUCGAACGACAACAUGUUCGCGAACCUGCCACGACCUCAUGUAUCACAACAUAGUAGCUCACCGAGCGCCCUGUCUAUGGGGUACACGAAGAAGCAGCUCCCUGCGAUCCCGAAGCCGGCAGUUUCCAGGAGCUACGAUGAGCCCACCUCACCUGUUGUGGGUAUCGGACGCGUGCGAGCCAUGACCUCGUCUAGCUAUGCCAGCACCGCGAAACCGCCAACGCUUGAUGCGGACUUGAAUUUUGGAUCGACGGGCUUCGACGACAUGUUUAGUGGGAUCGACCGAAGAGAUUCACCGGACUACACCCACGACUCCCCCGGACGCUCGCUGCUCGCUGGAAAACGGACAUUCCAAGCAGAGCCUAUCAAGAUCGACCGGAAGUUGGAGGUUGAGGCCCCCCUCAAGUCCUGGGACAGCCGUGGGUCCGCGGACAAUCUGAUGUCAUCUCCACGUUCACCAGAUAAUGACUCCCCUCCGCCGCCGCCUCCGCCUCAUAAAUAUUCGCAGUAUGCCCCCGUGGCAUCGCAUAGCCCGGAGCUGAAUGGGUCCAACGAUUUUGAAGACACAGAUGCAAAGGUUGUGCGGCAGUCUGCUGUCCACCGAAAACCCAUCCGUGACAGCUCUCCCGAGCAUCAACCCAUUUCGAUGGCAUCGUCCUCGGUAACGUCCCUUCAAACCCCUCUCUCGUCUCGGUCUACUUCGAACAACACCACACCGAAGGCUGCGCUGCGUCCUGCAGUGUCUCCCUUGUCUGAACACGAUGACGAUAAUCUCUUUGCGCCCUCGAAACCCAAGGAAACUCCGGUCCAGAAACCUGCUGCUCCCAGGCGCAAAGAGAAUAGUCCCCCACCACCCGCGUCUGGGGAGUUCAGUCGACGGGUCAUGACACAGGCAGAAUUCCGCGCUCAGCAGCAACGGCAGAAUGCGCAACCUCCGGAGGAUAGCUCCGAGGACGAAGACUACGAAGAUGAGGAAGAGGCAGCAGAAAGAGCCCAUCAAGAAGCAAUGGAGAGACGGCGUAAAUUGCAGAUGGAUAUUGCGCGAGAUAGCAUGCGUCGUACGACGACCGCGCCAGCGAACCCGAAUGCCAACCACCCAGACAGCCUCACCGAGCCGUUUAGCAUGGGUUUCCCUUCGGAGACAUCACUCAAGGCGGAUGAGUGGGAGGACGAGGACAUCCCUCUUGGGAUCCUCGCACAGCAUGGCUUCCCUAGCACCGCCCGUAACCGGGCGCCAACUCAACCCGCCAACGUUAUGCCAUCGUACUUUAGGAGCUCCACGCCUAACGCGCUUCCUGAGCGUCCAGCAUCCGUCGGUGCAAUGAGCAGCCGUGCUUCGCAAGCCUUCAAGCCUCCCUUUGCAAGGAACCUUCCUGACGACCCUCACACUUCGUUCAUUGGAGGUGGGAUUGUCCGGCCGACCAACCGUGAAUCCAUGGGCUUCAACCGUGGGCCUGCAUCUGUCAUGGGUGACAUGCCGAUGACGUACCCGGAGCCUCAAUUGUCAGCGCCGUCACUAGUUGAUCAGAUUCAAAUGCAGGAAAUGCAGAGACCCAAGUACAUGGGCGGAGCAUCCAACAAGCAGAGACCACAGCAAGGACCCUUUACCGGCCUCCUGGGAACGCAAAUGAACGGACCCAAUCCAGGCCUUAGUCAAACAAGGAUGUCCCAGAUGCCCAUGGCCGGUAUGAAUGGAAUGGCGCCGGUGAUGAACAUGAUGGGUGGCCCUAUGGGUAUGCCGAUGAUGGGCGUGAAUAAUAUGGCAUAUCCCAUGACCCAACAACAACAGAGCGAGCUAAUGCAAAUGCAACAGAUGCAGCAAAUGCAGCAGAUGAUUGCACAGCAACAGCUCCAGCUCCAACAGAUGCAAGCCAUGCGGCAAGGUCAGGAUCCACGCAUGUCAAUGGCUUUCCAGAACCCCGGACUUGCGCCUGGCAACUUUGGCAACGGCUUUUUGAAUGCCCCUUCCGUCAUGGGCAACCAGCGACCUAUGUCUGUAAUGUCGUCGAGCAUGAACCAGCCACCGCGUCCCUAUUCGACCCCGAGCCAGGUUGGAGGUGGGUUCCUAUCAGCGCCCGCCCCGCAAAAUGGAUACACGCCUUCGAUUGCGCCCAGCGAACGUUCUAAUAUCGGCCUGUCGGCUAGGUACCGUCCUGUUGCUACUGGGCAGCACGCUCAUGAUGCAACAUCCACUGUCAGUUCUAUGACACUUCAGGCUUCCGGCGGGGCGAACCAGCCCAAGACCGUCAAGGGGAUUCUCAAGAAGUCUUCCCCACAACCCCAGGAGACUGACGAUGACGAUGGUUGGGCCAAGAUCGCUGCGAGUAGGAAAAGCAAGUUUAAUAGCUCCCCGCGGCGCGACGACGGCGGAGCAUCUUUGCGGGAGCUUGUGCAGGGUGUAGACAGGCUCUGAGCGAUCUCUCUUUCUCUUUAUAUAAUUCGCAUUUUAAGGCGUUCGCGCACUGGAGAGGCUGUCGAGCGAGUACCCCAAGCUUUUUUAGCAUUUUCGAAAUAAUCUAGGAGGAACGUAUAACCGCAUCGGAAAAAGGAACGUUUAGCAUGUUACGCAUUUCCUUGCUCCCACUUGGGCCUGGCUUUUUCAGGUUCAGUCGGGAGAAACUUCAGGCUCUCCACCCCCAGUUGUUGCGUAAUGGAUGGAGUCUGGAGGUUAUAAUUUCUUGUAAUAUAAUAGAUUCUUCUUCUUCGACA